CCCGCCACUCGCCUCCUUCGGCGACGGGAGCGCUACCGCUCUCCCGACGGGGGAGAUCCCUUGCCCGCCCGUGCGCCCUCUCCGUCCGGGGGCCCCGGUCCCCAGGGUGUCGCGGCGGCGGUAUUCACAGGCCUGGCCGCGGGGGGAGGGGGCGGACUGGAGGCAGUGGCGGGGUCAGCACCGGCCACCGCAAGCGGGGCCAUGGAGCCCAGGGAGUCGGGGAAGGCUCCUGUGACGUUUGAUGACAUCACUGUAUACUUGCUUCAGGAGGAGUGGAUGCUGCUGAGUCAGCAACAGAAGGAUAUCUGUGGUUCCAAAAAGCUGGUGGCUCCACUAGGACCAACUGUUGCCAACCCAGAGCUGUUCUGUAAGUUUGAGCAAAGGCCAGAACCAUGGCCAGGCAGUGUAAGGGGCCAGAGGAGUGUCCCAAGCCAGCGCCCAGGGAAAAACAAGAUGGGCUGCAUGGAAGAAAGGGACUCACGAAGUCCAGCAGGAGAAGCCGGACGGGACCUGCCCCCGCAGAAGAAAGCCUGUCUUUCCCACUUGAGCACUGAGCAUGACAACACUGAGGUAGACUGUGCAGGAAAAAGCAAAAAACCCUUGAAACCCCGCUCUAUCCGGAAGUCUUGGUUUACGCAGUUCCCAUGGUUGGUCAUGAAUGAGGAGCAGACGGCUCUCUUUUGCUCUGCUUGCCGAGAAUACCCAUCUGUCAGGGACAAACGGUCAAGAUUAAUAGAAGGUUAUACAGGACCAUUCAAGGUGGAGACUCUCAAAUAUCACGCCAAGAGCAAAGCUCACCUGUUCUGCAUCAAUGCCUUGGCAGCACGGGACCCCGUCUGGGCGGCCCGUUUCCAGAGUGUCCGAGAGGAAUGUGGAGAUGUCCUGGCCAGCCCGGAGCACCUCUUCACGGCGGAGUACCCCAUACUGUACCCCCCGGGGACUCUGGGAGUCUAUGAUAACAUGGCCCAGCUCCUGCCCAGCACGGGGGCUGAACUGGAGGGCCCCGGGGGGAAUGGAGCAGUUCCUACACUGUAUCCAGACUGCAUUCCUGAGUUGAGGCAAAAAGAAAUUGCUGAUGAUGCCCACAGCUCCUCAAAGGUCAACAUUUUGCACGAUGAUGCUGCUGAACCCUGUGGCCAGGAUCCUUCUGAAGAGGGGCUGUUUGAGGAGGUUCCUGUGGUGUUUGAGGAUGUGGCGGUGUAUUUCACCCGGGAGGAGUGGGGCAUGCUAGUCAAGCGGCAGAAGGAGCUGUACAGAGACGUGAUGCGGAUGAAUUAUGAGCUGUUGGCUUCCCUGGGACCUGCCGCUACCAAACCAAACUUGAUCUCAAAACUGGAACACCGAGCUCCACCCUGGAUCAAGGACCCAAACGGGCCGAAGUGGGGGAAAGGUUGUCCUCCAGGGAAGAAGAAGAUGGGGGCCAGAAGAGAGGCAGACACACAAGCCUUGCCUAUAGACUCUCCCGUGCCUCCAGCAGCUCCUCUGGAGACACGUAACUCCUACUGCAAUUCCAGCCUUCGUGCAGUCGGAGCAGAUGGCCCUGGGAUGAUCAAGAGGACGUACAGACCCCGUUCCAUUCAGAGGUCAUGGUUUGGGCAGUUCCCGUGGUUAGUAAUUGACCCAAAGGAGACCAAGCUCUUCUGCUCAGCUUGCAAAGGAAGACCGAGUCUCCACGACAAGUCGUCCCGGUUAGUCCGAGGUUACACGGGGCCUUUUAAAGUGGAGACUUUAAAAUACCAUGAGGUCAGCAAAGCACACAAGCUCUGUGUCAACACUGUCGAAAUCACGGAGGAUGCGCCUCCCGCCACGCUGGUCCCGGAGAUGUCCAGCGACCUGAUGGCGAGCAUGGGCUACCUCUUCAACGCUGCCUACUCCAUUGCAUACCACUCGCGGCCCCUGAACGACUUUGAGAAGAUCCUGCAACUCCUCCAGAGCACCGGGACCAUGAUUUUGGGCAAGUACCGGAAUCGCACGGCCUGCACGCAGUUCAUCAAGUAUAUCUCCGAGACCCUGAGGAAGGAGAUCCUCGAGGAUGUUCGAAACUCGCCGUGCGUGAGCGUGCUGCUGGACCGCUGCACGGACGCCUCGGACCAGGCCUGCGUGGGGAUUUAUCUCCGCUACUUUAAGGGGACCGAGGUGAAAGAGUCGUACAUCACUCUGGCCCCUCUCUACAGUGAGACGGUGGACGGCUACUUUGAGACCGUGGUCUCUGCCCUGGAUGAGCUGGACAUCCCCUUCCGGAAGCCCGGCUGGGUGGUGGGCCUGGGAACCGACGGCUCCGCCGUGCUGAGCAGCAGAGGGGGCCUGGUGGAAAAGUUCCAAGAGGUCAUCCCCCAGCUGCUGCCCGUCCACUGUGUCGCCCACCGGCUGCACCUGGCCGUGGUGGACGCGUGUGGGGGCAUCGAUCUGUUGAAGAAGUGUGACCGGCACAUUCGCACGGUCUUCAAGUUCUAUCAGUCCUCGAGCAAGAGGCUGAGCGAGCUGCAGGAGGGCGCGGGGCCCCUGGAGCAGGAGAUCCUCCGUCUCAAGGACCUGAACGCCGUGCGCUGGGUGGCCAGCAGGAGGCACACGCUGAACGCGCUAGUCGUGAGCUGGCCGGCCCUGGCUCGGCACCUCCAGGCUGUGGCGGAAGCCGGGGGCCAGACCGGGCACAGGGCCAAGGGCCUGCUGAAGCUGAUGAAGAGCUUCCACUUCGUCAAGUUCUGCCACUUCCUUUUGGACUUCCUGAGCAUCUACAGGCCCCUGUCGGAGGUGUGCCAGAAGGAGAUGGUGUCGAUCACAGAGGUGAACUCGGCGCUGGGACGGGCCUACGUAGCCCUGGAGGCCCUGCGUCACCAGGCGGGUCCCAAGGAGGACGAGUUCAAUGCCGGCUUCCGAGAGGGGCUGCUGCACGGCAUCUCCCUGGACAGACAGGAGGGGGCGGGGCAGCGCUUCUGGGCGGACCGGGAGAAGGUGAUCAUCACGGGGAUCGAGUACCUCCAGCGAAGGUUUGACGUGGCCCGGCCCCCGCAGCUCAAGAACAUGGAGGUGUUUGACACUGUGGCCUGGCCAAGUGGGCUGGAACUGGCCAGUUUCGGGAACGAGGAUAUUCUGGCCCUUGCCAGGUCCUUCGAGCUCUCGCUCCCCGCGGGAUACAGCAAGGAGGCGCUCCUGGAGGAGUGGCUGGGCCUGAAAGCCAUGGGCAGGAACCUCCCGUUCUCGAUGCUCUGUAAGAACACCCUGGCACAGGGCUGCCGCUUCCCCCUGCUGAGUAGGCUCGUGGCCGUCGUGGUCUGCGUGCCCGUAUCCACCGCCUGCUGCGAGCGGGGCUUCAGUGCCAUGAACCGGAUCAGGACCGAUGAGAGGACCAAGCUCUCCAACGAGGUGAUCAACAUGCUCAUGAUGACAGCGGUGAACGGGGUGGCCGUCACGGAGUACGACCCACAGCCCGCCAUCCAGCACUGGUACCUGACCUCCUCCGGCCGGCGGUUCAGCCACGUCUACGCAUGCGCCCGAGUGCCGCCCCGCGCCCAUGCACGAGCGGGGCUCAGGAAGGAGAAGACGGGGCCACUCUAUAUGGAGGAGGCUGUGACCCAGAAGCCACCCACUCCAGCCUACAGGGAGCCAGCGGAGAUCCCGAAGGACUGCAUUGCGGACCCUCCUGACAGACUCCUGUACCCCCAUACCAGCCAAGAGGCCCCUGAGCUGUCCUGACAGAGAGCUCCCAUAGGAGCAGGACUCCUAGGGAUUGCCUUGGAGACCCCCUUGCUGCCCUGCCCCUUGGAAUCAUGGUGACAGGCUCUCUGCAGAAUCUAGGCUGCCCUAGAAUCUUCCUUUGCGGGGACUCUCUAAGUACCAGGAAGUGGGCAGUGACAAGACGGUUAAGCCCACCUCCCAGAGAGGCAGGGUAAUCAGGAGCACAAGCCUGUUUACCAAGGCCCCUCUCUAAGCAGCGGUGACCCCACAGCACUGAAACAGGCAAAAAGGUUCCCAUCUCAGAUUCAUCUUCAAGGUGCUUCAGGAAAUGAUCCUAUCAGGAAAGACAUCACCCCAUGUUCUGGGGGCAAGAGGACUUCUCUGAAAUGGGAGAGACUGUUGGGGGUAAGGGCUAAAAGGAGCAUCCCAGCCCCGCAGGAUGGUGCCGGAGCAUUCCAGGGAGGCGGUGGCACAGAAGAGGUGCCUGGGGACCGGCGGAGGGUGACCAGGCUCUGGGGACAACUGGCCUGGCUCUGGGAUCUGUCACCCUGGCUCCAUGGCAGACACAGGGAAGCCUCCACUACAGACGGGAGACUCACAGCAGAAAAUUCCUCCCCCUCCUCCCAGAGCCUCCCUUAGGAUGAGCCAAGCAAAACCCUCUACACAAAGCCCUCAAGAGAGGCCACCUUCCUGUAGCCCCAGGACCACGGAGGAAAGUCUUUCUGGGGAUGAGCUGCUGCCUCUCACCGGUGGCAGCCCUUCUGUGUGACCUGCACCAGUGCUGGACGUGAGCCCGGGCUCCGGAGGGGCGGACACGUCCACGCUUGCCCCGGGGAGGCUUGCGGUCCAGCCCUAGCUCUGCUGCAGGCAGAGGUUCAACCAUAAUUAAUCCCAUCCUCUUUUCUGUGCCUCGAUUUCCCUCUCCGUGACAUGGCAGCAGAGAAUCCAAGUGCCUGCUGGCUCCUGGUCUGCAGACGGUGCCUCCAGCUCCCAUAAAGACAGACAUCAGGUGGCACAGAGCAGACUGAGCUGCCUUUAGCCCUUGUCCUUGUCCCUUGCUACCAAUGUCCUUACUGUGGGAAGAUGUGCUCCCUACGUGUGCCACUCUUCCCAAAGUUGCUCUGGGACCCAGCCUAGGAAUCACUAGGGGUGCUUGUUAAAUAUAGCCCCCCCAUACCUGCCUGAUCAGAUCCGUGGGACUGGGGCUCAGGAUGGUGCAUUGUCUGCAGGAUCUUCCAGGAACUUUGUGGGCCCUCUCAAACUUGAGGACCCCCACCCCAUCUCCCCUGCCUCCCAGAAGUAAAGCACUUUCCCCUCCAGGGCAGCUUCAUUUUAGGGGCAGGAUCCGAGGCUGCUCACCUGGGGGGGGAUGAUGUGGGGCCUAGGUCCUGCCUUCCCAACCAUGGGUGGGAAAUGGGGAGGUUAGAGGGAAAAGCUUCUUCGCCCCCCACUUUUCGAGUUUCAUACAGGCCAGAAGUGGUGCUGCAUCCCAGCCUCGCACCUGGCAACCCUGUCCUGUGCUCCAAGUACAAGGUGUCUGGCCCUCAGCCAGCAGUCUGUCCUCCUCCCAGUCCUAGGGUGGUGCUGGGAUCCAGUGUCCCCCAGUACCCGAUGUUUCCGACUCUCCCUUCCUGCCACCCACCCUUAGCACUUAGCCUUAGUGCCCUCGCCUUCCUGUUUUCAGCUGUGGGUUGGAAUUCGCCCUCACUCUCCGCCUUUAAUUUAGCCUGUGGAAAUGUCUCUCUCCCAGUCCCCUGGUCUGGGGUCUGAGGUAUACUACGGGCCCCUGCAGCUACAGCUGUGGCCACCCCAUGGAGAUAGGAGCCUGGCUCUCCCUCCCCCAUCCAUGUAAGGUUCUAUGGGGAGUUCAGGGAUCUGCCCGAGGCUAGGUGUUGUGGGCGUGAGUUGGUGGGAUGGAAGAGAGAAAGACCCUUCAAAGUGGGGGUUGUCACCCUACACCCUAUUCCUAGAUUCCAAAUUGAGGUGACUUUCUGGCAAGCCUCCUCCCCAUGGCCUCUUCCAUUCUUUAAGAAUCCUCAGAGCAUGAGGCCAGUCCCUCCAGCAGUGUUGUGUGUGAGUUCCAUACACACAAUGCCCUGUGCCGCUCUAGGCACGGAGGUGGAGGCCAGGUAGGGAAGCAUCUGGCCUCCACAUCCACGUACUAAGAAAGACUGCACUGCCAGCUUUUGAGAAGGCUGGGCCCCUUGGAGGAGGCGACAAAAACGCUGUUUGUCAUAGAGAUUUGCACUAUCCACAUUUCUCUUGGGGCACAGGCUUGCUAGCUAAUGGCGAAGAGGACUAGCCACCUUUUUGUGCAGGACCCAGGGCUGACACGUGGUGAGCACCAGCCUGAACUCUGUUUUGUUUCAAGACACUCCCCUGCAUUUCAAACCCAGCACCUGGAGAUGCCCUUGUUGGAGAGCCAUCCUAUUUUUGCCUUGCAAGAGAGCAAACUGAAGGGCACGGGGAAUAGAAGGGUCGAGGCGCUGGCCAGAGUCCUAGCUACGCCUCCACCCUCCUUCCCCUCCUGUAAUCUUUUUUUUUUUUAAGAUUUUAUUUAUUUAUUUGACAGAGAGAGAUCACAAGCAGGCAGAGAGGCAGGCAGAGAGAGAGGAGG